UAGGAGUGGAAUUUUCUGAAUUUUUCAGAGUUCACAAUUACAUGUAUACUUAUAGAUGUAAUUCUAGUCUUAAAAUAGUGACAGAUAAAUGCUUAUCUGCUAAUCAGUGGAACAAACUGGAUUAUUUCCAAACGUAAUCAAGUUACUAUUAACUUGUAAUCAUAGCACAUGCUCUGAAGCUUUUAUAAGUUCUUAUUCUAAAAGCAAUAAAUGUAUUCCUGUCAUACUCAUGCUUAAGCAGAUUGAAUCGGUGCCUGGGUAGUACUAGUCUAAUAUGUCUCUUGUCACUUAAACUUAACGUUCUCAUGUUUCCUCCUUCUUCAUUUCUUUAGGAUGCAUGUGCCUUUUAGACAGCAUUGAUAAAGGAGUUAGUGAAAGAGAAUCACCAAACAGUGAUACAGAGUGUGUCCCGGCACAGAAGCUCUUAUCUAGUUGCUUUAUUGAGGUAGUCAAAGAGACCGUGUAUGUAGACAAGGAGGUGUCCAAGGGUAUAGGGAUUUUUGAUAUGGUAUCUCAUUCUUUGUCAAAAGGAAAAUCAGUUUUCCUGGACAGUUUUUGAUAUAAGGCAGAAUUUGAGCACAAUUCUAAGAAUAAAAAUGUUUGCAUUUGAACUCAGAUUGAGUUCAAAUAAACUCCAUGUUUACAAAGAAAACAUGGCAAGUUGACAUAUUUGAGCACAUUGCCUAGCAUGUUUGAGAUUCAUUUUACUCACCUGUCAGAUAUGGAAGCCUCUUGGGCAUUAUACUGUUUAGUUUUCUUCUAAACUUAAUCAUCGUCUUACCACCUUAAAAAAAGAGGAAACAGGGGCUUUUAAGGCUAAUAACUUGCUCUAGGUUGUAUAGUGAGUAAGUGGAAGAAUAAAUAUUGGAGCCCCGUUCUCUUUGAUGCCAAAUUUCAAGCUCUUCUAAGCCCAUCGUUCCCACACUUUAGUGUGCAGCAGAAUUACCUGGAAAGCAUACAUUGCUGGGACCUAGAGUUUCUCAUUCCACAACAGGGCUCAAGAAUUUGUAUUUCUUUUUUUUUAAACAUUUCAGUUUUUCUAGAGACAGGGUCUCACUCUGUUGCCCAGGCUGGAAUGCAGUGAUGCAAUCAUGGUUCACUGCAGUGUUGAACUCCUGGACUCAAGUGAUGCUCCCACCUUGGCUUCCCAGAGUGCUGAUAUUACAGGCAUGAGCCACCAUGCCUGGCUAAUUUUUUAUUUUUUGUAGAGAGAAGGUCUCACUGUGUUGCCCAGGCUAGUCUUGAACUCCUGGUCUUAACCCAUCCUUCUGCCUCAGCCUCCCAAAGUGUUGUAAUUACAGCGUGAGCCACUGUGCCCAACCAGAAUUUGUAUUUAUAAUCAGAUCCAGAUGUCGAAUCUGAUGCUGCUGGUUCUGGAAACUAUAUUGUGAGAACCACAGUUCUGUACUGUGCUACCUGAUUUGAUUGCUCUGAGGGAUAAAUGAGAGAAUUCACAUAUGCCUGUGUUAAUAAUCACUGACAUUUAUUGACUACUUAGAACAUCUUGGCUGCUCUUCCAAGUUAAAUUUGUCUUAUCCUGAGUUUAAUUUUAGGAGCUAGUUAAAUUGUAGGGAGAGUAUAUAAAGGUAUAAUGACCAUUCAAAAGAGAAGGAAACCGAGGUAGGAAGAGGUGCCCAGUAUGUGGUCUCACAGUGAGUCAGUGGUAGAGCGGGUUACCCUCAUUAUUGCUUCUGUCUGCUCAUCUAGUUUGGAAGGCCAGUGUCUUCUUUGGAGCCAUCCCCAGAAAGAGAGAUUUCAUGCUAUGGGAAGGUUGAGAGAAAAGUAGACCCUUCCUUUCAUCUAUUGGUGUUUUGUGUCCUUGGAGGACUACUGCAGAGUAGGCCUGGAAAAAAAGAAUUUUCCUCCUUUUUAUAUCAUUCUUCAGCAUUCUGAAGGGUGGGUGAUGUACUUUGUUAUUCCAAUGAAUGAUGUGAUUCUGAAAAUGACCUGUAGUUCAAUUGAACUAUGGGAUCUUUGAUAGUCAUUAGCGAGAGGACUCAAGAUGGCGCUGUGAGAACAACCCAGGAUUGGAGCUCUCAUUGUGACCGCGGAGAGGUUAACGAAGCCCUUGUCAUUUGCUGAUUGUGUUGGGGAUGAGCUGCCGUGGGGAUGGGAAGCAGGGUUUGACCCUCAGAUUGGUGUCUACUACAUCGAUCACAUCAACAGUUAAAAAGCUGAAGAGAGAACUCUCACAGAUGAAGCAAGAACUGCUCUAUAAAGAACAAGGCUUUGAAACAUUGCAGCAAAUUGAUAAAAAAAUGUCUGGAGGACAGAGCGGGUAUGAACUCAGUGAAGCCAAAGCCAUUCUAACAGAACUAAAAUCUAUCAGAAAGGCCAUUAGCUCAGGAGAAAAAGAAAAACAAGAUCUGAUGCAGAGUCUUGCUAAGCUGCAGGAGCGGUUUCAUUUGGAUCAGAACAUUGGCAGAUCUGAGCCAGAUUUGAGAUCUAGUCCUGUGAACUCUCAUUUAUCUCUCUCCAGACAGACCCUUGAUGCUGGGUCACAAACAAGCAUUUCCGGAGAUAUUGGAGUGAGAAGUAGAUCAAAUUUAGCUGAAAAGGUCAGGCUAAGCCUGCAGUAUGAAGAAGCCAAAAGAAGUAUGGCCAACUUAAAAAUUGAGCUGUCAAAAUUGGACAGUGAGGCAUGGCCCGGGGCACUGGAUAUUGAGAAGGAGAAGCUGAUGCUGAUUAAUGAAAAAGAAGAACUUUUGAAAGAGCUUCAGUUCGUCACCCCCCAGAAACGUACCCAAGAUGAAUUGGAACGCCUAGAAGCCAAGAGGCAGCGGCUAGAGGAAGAGUUGCUGUUGGUGAGGGGAGCACCAAGCAGAGCUCUGGCUGAGAGAUUGAGAUUGGAAGAGAGAAGAAAAGAGCUGCUACGGAAACUUGAAGAAACUACUAAAUUAACUACUUAUUUGCAUUCACAACUUAAAAGUCUCUCCGCCAGCACCCUGUCCAUGUCAUCUGGGAGCAGCCUGGGUUCCCUGGCAUCAAGUCGGGGCUCUCUGAACACCUCCAGCAGAGGGUCACUCAACUCCCUCAGUUCUACUGAGCUUUAUUACAGCAGUCCAAGUGAUCAGAUAGAUGUGGAUUAUCAGUAUAAACUGGACUUCCUUCUGCAAGAGAAAAGCGGUUACAUUCCUUCCGGACCCAUCACCACCAUCCAUGAAAAUGAGGUGGUCAAGUCCCCCAGUCAGCCUGGCCAGAGUGGACUCUGUGGGGUGGCGGCUGCAGCAACAGGCCACACUCCUCCACUGGCUGAGGCCCCCAAGUCUGUGACCUCCCUGUCCUCGAGGUCCUCCCUUUCCUCCUUGUCUCCUCCGGGCUCUCCCUUGGUUUUGGAAGGCACGUUUCCCAUGUCUUCUCAUGGUGCCUCUCUCCAUCAGUUCACUGCUGACUUUGAAGACUGUGAGUUGAGGAGCCAUUUUGCAGAUCUCAGUCUCGUUGAAAAUCAGAUCUUGCUGGAUUCUGAUUCAGGAGGAGCCUCCCAGUCUCUUUCAGAGGAUAAAGACCUCAAUGACUGUGCCAGGGAGCCAUUAUAUGGAGGAACCUCAGAUGUGGAAAAAUCAUUACCAAAAAGAAGAGUGAUCCAUCUGCUUGGGGAGAAAACCGCUUGUGUGUCGGCUGCUGUAUCUGAUGAGUCUGUGGCUGGAGACAGUGGGGUCUAUGAAGCUUUCAUGAAACAACCUAGUGAAAUUGAAGAUGUCACAUACAGUGAAGAGGAUGUUGCCAUUGUAGAAACUGCCCAGGUUCAGAUAGGACUCAGAUACAAUGCAAAAAGUUCACGUUUCAUGGUGAUUAUAGCACAACUCCGAAACCUUCAUGCCUUCUUGAUACCUCAUACUUCAAACGUAUAUUUUAGGGUUGCCGUUCUUCCCUCUUCAACUGAUGUCAGCUGUCUGUUUCGCACAAAAGUUCAUCCGCCCAUGGAAUCCAUUUUGUUCAAUGAUGUGUUCAGAGUCGCCAUUUCCCAAACAGCCUUACAACAGAAGACACUGAGAGUAGACCUUUGCUCUGUCAGUAAACACCGGAGGGAAGAAUGCCUGGCUGGAACUCAGAUUAGCCUGGCAGAUUUACCAUUUUCAAAUGAGGUUUUCACUCUAUGGUAUAACUUGCUUCCUUCCAAGCAAAUGCCUUGCAAAGAGAAUGAAGAAAAUGAGGACUCUGUACUUCAACCAAACCAGCCAUUAGUAGAUUCCAUAGACUUGGAUGCAGUGUCAGCCUUACUUGCAAGAACAUCAGCUGAGUUGUUAGCUGUGGAACAAGAAUUAGCACAAGAAGCAGAAGCAGAAGAAGCAGCAGCAGCAAGACAAGAAGAGCAAAGCGGUCCUGAUGGAGACUGGCCAACAAUGCUAAGAGAGGCCUCUGAUGAAACUGUGGCUGAAAAAGAGGCUGAAGUUAAAUUGCCAGAGGACAGUAGCUGUACGGAAGAUUUAAGUUCAUGUACUAGUGUGCUUGAGGUGAACGAAGACAGGAACAGGAAAGAAAACAGCUGUGCCAAAGACCUCAGAAGUCGGCCACCUACUGGAAUACCAACGCUGGUUGAUAAAGAGACGAAUACUGAUGAAGCUGCUAAUGACAAUAUGGCAGUUCGCCCCAAAGACCGCAGUAGCCUGAGCUCUAGACAGCGUCCCUUUGUGAGGAGCAGUGUGAUAGUGCGCUCACAAACCUUUUCUCCGGGAGAGCGGAACCAGUACAUCUGCAGGUUAAAUCGGAGUGACAGUGACAGUUCAACCCUGGCUAAAAAAUCACUGUUCGUGAGAAACUCCACUGAACGGCGCAGUUUGAGGGUCAAAAGGACGGUUUGCCAGUCAGUCCUUAGAAGAACAGCACAAGAGUGCCCCGUGCGGACAUCUCUAGAUUUGGAACUGGACCUUCAGGCAUCUCUGACCCGGCAUAGCCGCCUCAAUGAUGAGCUGCAGGCGCUCAGGGACUUGCGGCAGAAGCUAGAGGAACUGAAAGCUCAGGGAGAGACUGACCUUCCACCUGGCGUGCUGGAGGACGAGAGGUUCCAGAAGCUUUUGAAGCAAGCCGAGAAGCAGGCUGAACAGUCAAAAGAAGAGCAGAAGCAAGGUUUGAAUGCAGAGAAAUUGAUGAGGCAAGUCUCCAAGGACGUGUGUCGGCUCCGGGAGCAGAGCCAGAAGGUGCCUCGGCAGGUGCAGUCCUUCAGGGAGAAGAUUGCCUACUUCACCAGAGCAAAGAUAAGCAUCCCGUCCCUGCCGGCUGAUGAUGUGUGAUUACAUGGCUUAAGAAAUGGUUUUUCAUCUGUUCACUUUCUUAGGGAGGGUGAAAAACUGAAGAUCUGUUUGUUUAUUGUUUUGUUUUUGGUAAUACGACCGUCAACUCUUGAAGAACUUCUAUUUCACAUUAGAUUUUCAACACGUUAAUUUGUAAAAUACCUUGAGUGUAACUUUUAUAUGCUUAAAAAAGAAAAAAUUGAUAAGAAAAAUGGGAUAAUCUGAUACACAAAUGUUGCCCAGUAUGUACGCAUUGCCAGUGGGCUUUCUUUUGUAAAAAUGGAAUCUAGGCAGGACCCCACGUGUGUACCGUUGAGCCGACUGGAGAGAGAACUUGGUUUAGCAGGUAGUUUUGCUUCUCCUUUGCGUUGCUGUGAGUAGGCUGCGCCAAUGGCAGCAGUGCCAUGUGCACUAGCAAGGAGAGGAGCUCCUUCCAUUUGGAGAGCAGUGUGAGCAUGAGCUGGAGUGCAGCGUUCCAAGUCCAUUCAAAGUGGGUGGUGCGUUCAUGGCCAUCACCUGUGCAGGAACACCUGAUUUUCUUAAAACAAUUUCCUUUUUGUCCUUUUGUAUUUUUCUAAAGAAAACUAAAAUAUAAACUACCCAAUGCUCUUAAGAAUAUAAGAGUACAAAGCAGCACUGCUCUUGGCUACACUAAAGAUCUUGGGAUUCAUGACACUGGGGGCAGGGAGAAGAAAGAACGCCGGCCAUGCAGAGACACACGCAAUAAGUUCAUCAAAUGGGCAGCUGCUUUCUCUCACUCAGCCUGACUUUGCGUAAGUGUUCAAAUGUGAGUUUCUGGCUUGCACCAGUGGUUUGUCCUAAGUCUAAGCAUGGUGCCAAGUGGUGGCCCUGUGUUCUGAGGACAGAGGGAGCUAGAGGUGUGGAGGGAAGCGCAUCAACACUCAUUUGGUGUGACCAAGAAGAGAGGAAAUGAUGUUUUGAUAGAAUCAUAGUUGCCAAAAACAAAAAGGAGUUUAUCAAGCAGAUUUCUAACAUUUAGUAGAAAUUACUUCAUAGCUCUCAUUUUUAGGGGAUUUGAUGUAUAAUUGAUGGCAAAUAGUUGGGAGGCAAAGGGAAGAAUGUGCCUGGGGGGAUUAUUAAUGUGAAGAAUAAGCUAAGUUGUUUAUAAAAAAGACGAUUUUGGAUGAACAAGUUUAGAGAUAGAAACUGACUGAUGUGUCUUCCAGUUUAGAAUUUCAGCUUACCCAACCCAGGCACGUCUUAAAAACACAGAUCCUCAGUGCAGCUCUGACAGCGUCAAAGCUUUUAAAAUAAAUAGUAUUUAGGCCAUUUAAACCAUACUUAUCACUCAGAAACAAUUUUGGGCUAGCCGUCUAACAUAGCAAAUGGAAUCAAUUUUUUUAAGAAAUGCAAAAUUGUCUUCAAGGUAUGGACCUCUUAAAGAAAAAAAAAUGUGUUCCUAAGAAUGCUCACUAGCAAGAAUUUUUAUUUUCUUGAAAGCAAUUAUAUGUGUUUUGGAAAGUUCAUGUUACUGGAAUCAAAGUUCAAAUUAAGCAACUUCUGAGCCUAGAAAUUUAUUUUUUCCUAAAUGUCCCACCACUUAAUACAGAUUUCUCUGAAGACAUAACUGGACUGAAGAAAAAUGGGAUAAUCUGAUUCACAAAUGUUGAAAGACACUACUUUCAACAAAAACCAGCCUUGGGAAUUGACGGCACAGUCCUGUAAGGCUGCUCAGUUCAUUCUAUUAGAUGACUAAGGAAAGCUAGAAAAAGAACACAGUUCACCCUUGUCAAGGUCAAAUGUGAAAGGCAGAAGUUUAUUUAACUUAGAGGUAAAUGAAGGCGCGCUGUUUCCAGUCUCAGUUUGACCAUGAAAAUAUCUAUAGAGUUAUGUGUAGUUGUUCCGUACAGUUUUAUUUUCUUCAUUUAUUUAUUUACAGUCUUAUUUAUGUCCUGUUUAAUAUAUAGUUUGAUUCUGGCCAUUUUAAGUAUUUGACACAGAAGAGACUAUAUUGGAAUAUUUACAGCUUUAUAAGUCUUUGAUCAGAUAAGCUGUUGACUUUUUGUAAUACAAAAGGUUCAGACAGGUAUUAAAGAAUAAAAUCUGUCUCAGGCCGGUAGUUAGCAGUUGUGACCAAGAUGCUUUUGGUUGUUGUAUUUUACAAAAUUUCCUCAUUUCUAACAUGAGAGAUGACCUUAUUUUAAUAUAAUCCCUUUUCUACACUUUACAAGUCAGCAAUAGUGUUAUGUAUUUACAGGCAGCUUUUAAUAAUCUUGUCAUAUUUGUACUAACCCAAAUGAUCACAGUGAAAAAACAUUUUCAUAACUUGAUCACAAAACCAUAUGGACAAAUAUGAAUUUUAAUAUUAUAAAUACUAUUUUUAAAAGGUAGAAUUUAUUCACACAGGGUAAAAAGAAUGUAAUAUUUAGUUCUCAAGUUUGAAUUAUCAGCAUAUUAUUACAAUUUUGUAUAUCAGAAUCUUAAGUGUUACAGGUACAAAAAGAAUAUUGCUAGCCAAAUAAAGUUUAGCGGAAUCUCUGUGGCAUGCAAAUCAAAUUAGUUAAAUUUUGUUGCUAUUGCUUUAUCUAUAUUGUCUUAACUACCAAAAGCUCAGGACUGAACUAAACAUUUAAUCAGGUUAAAUUCUGUCUUAAUUGUCUUGUUUGUAAACGUAUGCAAAUACAUCACAUACAUUAACUUUG